AUGUCAGACGGUGUGUCACAAAACAUCCAGUCAGCUGCCACUGAUGCAGUGGGGCGGCAAACUGAUGACAGCAGACAAGAAGCGGAUGAAAGAAGGAGAGAGGUUAAAAGCAAGCUCUUGGUGUUCCUUAUUUUUCUUUUAGCAGCAUCCGUCAUUACUAAUAUUAUUUUGAUUGCUAUCGUAGGUAAAAAAGACCAGGUUGCUCAGUAUUUUUGUCCAGAUAAUUGGGUUGGUUUCCAAGAUAAAUGCUAUUAUUUUUCUAAAGAAGAAGGAGAUUGGAAUUCAAGUAGAAACGACUGUUUGUCUCAAAAUGCUGACCUAGUUACAAUUGAUACUACAGAAGAAAAGCAUUUUCUUAGGCGAUACAAGUGUGCUUCUGAUCACUGGAUUUUGCAAGAUAUGACUGAAGAUAAAAAAGGACAAGGCGUGAUAAGAAGCAUACUUAACAACUGGUUUAAUAUGAUAGGGAAUGAAAUAUGUUUUUACCUUAAUGAAGAUGGUGUUGCAAAAGCUAGAUGCUACACAGAGAGAAAAUGGAUUUGCAGGAAAAAAAAUGCACUGAGUAAAUGA